GUGCUCGGCUUUUACUGUCAGUUCCUUUGUCCUUUCAUUGGAGCAAUAGCGGCAGCCCUUGUUAGCAGCAGCGAAAAUUACUUUUAACUUCGGUUUGUUUAUUAUCUGCGUCGGACAUCAGCAGAUCAAGGUUCACACAUGGAGAAGGCUGUGGACUUGAGCAGAGACAGGGAGAAGGCGUCCACCACCACAUCCACUGAGGGACUGGUGUCAGCAGGGAGGCUGUCACAGACACAGUUUUCACCCCGCUCUCUCUCUGGGGUGGAGAUGCAGGCUGCGCUGAAGGGGGUCUCCUCCUCACCUAAGCCUGCAUUUCAAUCCUGCAACAGAACGUCUAGACCAGCUCCUUCCACACAGACACCUGUGGAGCCCAGUGAUGAGGAGCUGGUCCAGGCUGCUGGCGACAUGGAGGAAUAUGAACAGGCGGGUCCUUCCACCGCCUCUCUACCUCAGAGGGUGUCCCCUGCUGGACCGGGGGAAGCCACCGACGAGGAGCUGCUGGAGGCCACGCAGGAGCAGGGAGAACCUCUGCAGCGGCUGGAUCCUCCAGAGCCACCCUCCAUGCAGGAGACCCCGUCCAGACGGGACCCUGUACCCCCUGCUGCUGAGAUGCUGCCUCAGUCCUGGAGGGCAGCGCUUACAGCAGAGCAGCAGGAGUGGAUCAGCCGGACGCUGUUCGUCAGGGACCACCUGGGGAGGCCUCGCCUCACCACAGACCUCAACCUGUGGUGGUUCCCUCCACAGCCCCAGCCGGUCUACCACCAGCCUCCUGCAUCCCCUGAGCCCUUCUUUGCAUGUCGGCUGUUCCUGUGGAUGCCCCACAGGAUCUGGCGUCUGCAGCUGACAUGCCCCCAGCCUUUGUGCACCGGGUCCAUGACGAAGGCUGGGCUCUACAGGAUCAUCCAGAUUGGCCUGGACAUUGACGGCUGGUACCUCAUGGCCACCGAGUACCUGGAGUGCCGUCAAUGUAAAAAGAAGGUCGCGGGAUGGUCACAGGGCAUCAUCAGGCAGCUGCCCCCCACCUACAGCUGCCAGUUUCCUGCUGUGCUCACUUACAAGCUGUCCUGUGACCAGAGGGUGGUUGGACAGCUGAGGUCUCGCACACUUGGAAACAGUGCAACCCUGCUGUACAACACCCUGCGGGAGCAGCACUCUGAUGCCUGGAUGCGGAGAGCAAUCCACUACCUCGGCGUCUGCGAGCAGUUCCAGGCCUUGUGCUCCUCAGCGAGGUUCGCCCCGCCACCGCCCAUGCCAGCCGUACCGUCCCCGGCCUGGCUCCUCACCGUUUACGGUUAUGAGGUGGCGUUGCGGCUGGAGGAGUACAAGGCCCGCAUAACGUCCACCUUGGGGUCCAUUCUAAAGAUGGAUUCGACCAAGAAGGUGAUGAAGAAGCUCGCUGGUGCCGCCGCCAACACAGCUGCCUCGGUUACCAGCGUAGGUAACGAGCAUGGCCAGGUCCUCAUGAGCGUCCUCACCUGCUCUGAGGGGUCCGAGGGCCUGAGCGCCAUGGCGGCAGGACUGAUGCGGCGGUACCGAGACGCAGAGGUACCUCCUCCACUGGUCAUGUACGUUAACCGGGACUGCUGCAGCAGAGACGGCGUGUCAAAGACAGCUGCCUUGUUUCAUGAGUGGGGGAACCUCGUGGUCCGUCUGGACAUCUGGCACUACAUGCGAUGUAUCGCAUGUGGUGUCACGACAGAGAGCCAUGAGCUAUACCCCACCUUCAUGAGGCAGCUGUCUCUCUGCAUCUUCGAGGUGGACCCUGAAGAUGCCCGCCGUCUCACCGACGCCAAGCGGUCCAAGCUGGGGAGGGAGCACGGGAUGUUUGACCUGAGUGAUGCCGAGGUGAUCCAGAGGCUCUCCAAGGAGGAGUGGAGGCUGCACUGUCGCCGCAGGACGCGUGGGGCAGAGCAAACAGCCCUCCUCAUCCAGAACCUCCUGGACACCUUCCGCGGUCCUGCAGGGAGAAACACCCUGAACAUCCCGCUGCUGGACGAUCUCCGCAUCCAGGACAUCUGGAACACGCAGAUGCGCCACCUCAGCUGCAUCCAGGACCCGCCCGGACUGCAGCUCUACACUCAGACCGGGACGCUGACUAAGGGCGGAGUCAGCCUCCCCGUGUAUCGCUGCGCCAGGGGUUCCACCUCCCUGGAAUCGUUCCACCUGAACCGUUUCAUCCCAGGGACGUCUGCGAGUGCCAGAUACUUUCAGGCGUUCCUGGUAGACGGAGUGGUGAGGUGGAACGAGGAUCGAGCAGCUGCUGCAGCACCGGCGAGGGCGGCUGAGGUCAAUGCGUCUCUGCACUCCUACAGUGGCCACCUCAAACACGCCCUCAACCAGAAGUCCAAAAGGGUGCUUGGACACGAGCUGGUUGAGGAUUUCACCAAGCCCGCUGUGUACACAGGCGAGCUCAUCGGGGUGGAGUACCUGUUCCAGCAGACGGGCAGCGUGUUGGAGGAAAUUAGUGAGAAUCCUGACCCUCCGGAUGAGACAGCUGCCAUCUCCAUCAUCGAGCGAGAGGAUGAGGGGAUACAGGUGGAUGAGGAGGAUCCCACCAAAGUCGCCCUCUUCCUCCUCUACGGCAGCCUUUCAGAAUCCCACUCAGACUCGACAACCAAAGACCGCCCACUGCUUCCAUCGAAGGAGCUGCCCUUGGUGCCGGUGGGACAAAGACAGCCCUUUGACUCUGAGCUCCCUGAGGAGCAGCCAGGGCCAUCCAGCGGGAGUCUCCCUCCUGCUCCACCACCUCCUCCAGGUUCAUCUGCUCCACUUCCUCUGGCUCCCUCUUGGCCUGUGAGUGGGCCUGCGCUGCCUAACCUUGCCCCCACCCCCUCUGCUACUCCACCACCACCUCCUCCUCCCCGUUUGCCAAGAUCAACGUUGUACAGGAGGAGGAAAUUGGCAGAAGCUGGGGAGGGGCCACAGAGGAAAAAUAAAGGGUACCUCUGCAGCAAGUGCGGGCAGCAAAGGCGACUGGACACCGGACACACCAGGGUCGCCGGUGUUUCCUACUGCGCUACUUUGGGGGGGGACAGAAGGGAAGCUGAAGGGAAACUGAUUUCUGCUGAAAUCUUUCCAGCUAUCUUCCAUAUCCAGAAUUCCUCCCUCCUGUGUGCCUGGAGCUAUCUGAUGGUCAUUAUUGAAGUGGUAUUCUCACUUCAACCUUUCAGGGCAGUAGAGGACCCUCUGCCCGCUGGCUUUGGUCGGUACUCUGAAGCCCAUCUGCUUGCUCUUUUGAAGCCCACAGCUGCUGCAGAUGUUGGCUCUGACUUUAACAGUCACUCCCUCCAAGCUGUGGACUUCGAGGUGAUGUGGACCGUGGUGAAAAGGCAUCCUGUGAGGAGAGCAGCUGAGGUGGAUCUCCUCUCUGUGUCUGGUGCCUGGAGAUUCCUGAAGACCAAGGAGGUGUCAGCAUCCAUGAGGGUGGUCCUCUCUACCUAUAUUUGA